CACCUGCGCAGCAUCCCUACAGACGCCGCUCCAAGAUCACAUCUCGCGAAAAGUAAUGAUUAUUUCUGUCCGCGGGCGUUUAGUUCCGCAUACUCCCGCGGUGGCGCUGCACACGGGAGUCCGACCGCGAAUACGUACCUCGUUAUAUGGAUUUUAAAACGUAUUAACAGUAUUGUAAAUUGAUAAAUUACGUGUUAAAAUAUAGUAAAGUGUAUUACUAACAAACCGUGCUAUGUGGCUGUGUUUAAAAUGGUAUUAGUCGGUGUAUCUGGGCGUUUCGCGACGCUGGCUCGCGCGGACGGUGUCGUCCAUUAGAAACGAUUUUCCAGGGGCAGCGGAGGGUGUGCGAUAUAAUCGGAAAAUUCCCAAGUGCGUUAGAAUAUAGUGUGCGGCCCGAUGUGGUGGAAGCAGUGAGUGUUGUUGCAAGAUGUGCCAGGCGGGGAGUGUAUCGACCGCGCCGAGACCUCGUCUGGCUGUAGUCCAAAGCCGCGUCGUGCGCGCUCGCCCGACUCUACGCGCUUAACGAGAUAAUCACGGACGAUUCGCACUGAACUCUGGUUUAAACUAUUGUUAUGAGUGUUAGCAGGCAUAAUGCCCGCUGUACCGACCGCUCUGUGCGGCCAUAUCAUCUAGAAACAAAACGAGAUCACUAAAUGGCGCUGGGGAAGCUGCUUUCUGUGCUGGUCGUGGUAGCCAUAGUCCUUGGCGACCAUGAGGUCGAAAAGGAGAGUAAAGCUAAGAAAGCCAUGGCGUCGGAGACGCAACAGAAGUACAGGAGUGCUAACCCAGGGAAGGAGAAGGGAUCUUUUCACAAAUUGACCUCGAUGCUGAACAAGACGGAUGAACGACGUCAGGGCCGGAGGGGGGACAAGACCUCGGUGGACAAGCUGCUGCGGCUGAACAAGAAGUACAAUGAUAUGAUGAAUGACAACGAGGGGGCGAUCGCCAUCAACCAGAAGAACUACUCGGACAACGAGACGGUCACGCUGACUGACAAGAUGAAGAUCUUGAGGCCUAACGUGCCUUUGUACGAGGCGGUCAACAAGAACCCUUACGUCUCCCAAGCCACCGGGGUCUACUGCAGUUUCGAGAAGAAUGGGACUGCUAACCCCGCGAGCAUGUGCAUGUGGCAGUGGAACUCCACGGUGUCCAGCCAUGGCCUGGGGUUCAAGGUGGUGACUGCAGCAGACGUGGUGGCCAUGAACCAGUCCACCAGGGGCCUGAAGUUCUCCGGCCCUACAGCGGACGCUGACGGCAAUGUGGGAGCUCAGAUCAUUUCUAUAAGGCACUUGAUGCAUAAGGUACUUGCUAACUACUUGAUGUAUUGUUUUAUGGUAAAGGAGAAUAUCGUGAGGAAUCAUGGACUUAUGGUGUCUGACUUUAAGCUUAAAAUCGCCAAUCCUGGUUCAACCCUGGACUAA